UAUAUUAACAAGUUGUAGAUCUACUUUUUAGUAUAUUAACUAGAGCAUAAAUUCGCUAGAUUUUAAGCUACCCUACAAACGUCUUGAAUAUUCGUUUAGCUGAAGAACUUGUUCAUAUAAAGUUCUUUCUUAAACAAAAAUGGAAAAUUCUUUUGAAAGUGGAGAGGAGGACGAAGAAGCGGGAAUUUGUUACGACUUCACCAAGAAGACAUGGCGGGAUGAUGUAACAUUUAUUGUGGAAGGUCAGCACCUUCAUGCGACAAAGGCAAUAUUGGCCAUGGAUUCUCCCGUGUUUGAAGCUAUGUUUGGGACCAGCUUUCGAGAACGGGACGAAAAAGAAGUGCCUUUGCCAGGUAAAAAGUAUGAAGACUUCGAAGAGUUUCUCCACUGCAUUUAUCCAAAAUCCAAGAAGAAGAUAAACACAAGAAAUGUAUAUAAAGUCCUACCUUUGGCAGAUGAAUAUGAUGUAAUAUGA